AUGAAACUCAUAGUGCUCAUCACUGCCUCUUUGUCCUGGGCCUUCCAGCCGCACGAGAGACCCAAGUAUCAGCACUGGGACCCGGAGACUUCAGACCUCCUGCUGUGUGACCAGUGUCCCCCUGGCACAGCCGUCAAGCACCACUGUACGGCCCACACUCCCACCGUGUGCCAGGCUUGUCCAGAAAGGCACUUCACCAAGAACUGGAACUGGGGAGACAAGUGCCAGCACUGCACCUCUGUGUGUAAGGAGCGGCAGCUGGUGAAGCAAGAGUGCAACAGCACCCAUGACCAGCUCUGUGAAUGUGCUCCUGGUUUCCAUCUACUGGUGGAGUUCUGUAUUGCACACACCACGUGCCCUCCGGGAUCUGGUGCAGCUGUCUUAGGUAGUCCUGCGGGUGACACAGUUUGUGAGCGCUGUCAUACUGGACACUUCUCUGUGGGGCACUCGUCUACAGAGCCAUGCAGGCCACAUCGAAACUGCUCCAGCCUGGGACUGAAAACCCUGCGCUGGGGGACCUCCACUAUGGACAGUAUCUGUGCUCAGGACCGGACUCCUGCCAUGGAUUGCAACCACCACCACUCACUGUGCCACACUGACGUUACUCUGUGUGAAGAAGCAGCCUUCCAGUCGCUGGCAUCCCUGCGUCUGUCCUCUUUUCCUCUGGAGAAGAUCCUGGAGCACCUUCCUGGCCGCAGAGUGGACCACAAGAGCUUAGAGCGAUUGAAAAAGACUUGUUCACCUCAUCAGCAGGUUUUACAGCUGCUGCGACUGUGGAGAGAGCAGAACAAGGACCAGAGUAAACUCAAUGUCAUUGAAGGAGUGAACCUGUGUGAGAGGAAGUUCUCUCGCUGCUCUGGGCUGAAGAACAUGAGCCUGACUGACCUCAUGCAGAUCAGAGACAGUCUCCCUGGGGCCCGGGUCCCACAGGCGGACGUCCUGUCUACAGUUCAGACCUGCUCUCCGCGACAGUUCCUGCUGCAGCUGCUUCAUCUGUGGAAGUCUCUGAACUCUGAGCUGGACCUGGCCAAAGGAUUGAGCCGCAGCCUCAAAGUACUGCGCAGCCAGGGGGCGCCACGGCAUCAGCUCAAAGGCCUGAGAAAGAUCAGACAGAUCAUAGGAAAAACAUCAGCCCAUAAGAUAUAUGAGAGAAUGUUUGACAACAUGCUGGAAGAGGAUUCGUGCUUCAAAAACCACAAGCCUUUAAACGAAUAA